AUGCCACCAGACCAGUCCGAGGAUGUCGCUGUUCAGCAGCCUCUCCUCUCUGAGCGUGACGAGAAUGUCUCAUCCGACGCGUCGCGUGAGUCUCGGACCCGAGGAGCAUUUACUCGUAAUCUCGGUGCCGUUGAAGCAUUCGGUAUCGUCGUAAGCAUCGUCAUCGGAAGUGGUGUAUUCACAUCUCCCGGCUCGAUCGACUCGAAUGUUCCGUCACCUGGUAUUGCUUUGGUUAUCUGGCUCAUCGGGGGUAUCCUAAGUUGGACUGGCGCCAGCACUUUUGCUGAGCUCGGCACAGCUAUUCCAGGUGAAGGCGGAGUCCAGCCAUAUCUUCAGCAUAUCUACGGCGACAUCUGGGGCUUCCUCGCAGGCUGGACAUGGAUCGUCGCCGUCAUGCCUGCGACUCUCGCAAUUCUCAGUAUUGUCUUUGUCGAGAGCGCUUACUCAGCUGCAGGCGUCAUCAACGAGGAUGACCGUAUAGAGCACAAGCUUCUCUCUAUCCUUGUUCUCGUCGUCAUGAGCGUUGCAAACUCCAUCAGCACAAAGGCUAGCACGCGUCUCAACGGCUUCUUUGUGGUGCUCAAAUUCCUGAGUAUCCUUGUUGUGGUAGUCGCUGCUCUUGCUGUAGUGGGCGUUCACGUGGCGCAUCCCAACAAGGAAGUUGGCGGAGGCGAUUGGCACAAGAAAUCGUGGUUCAAGUAUCGUGAUACGUAUAACCCUAACGGGCCGGAUACGGAUUGGAGUAAGUUGAGCCAGUGGGAGAUCUUUGGUCAUUACUCUGCGGCUUUGUAUGCAGCUUUGUGGGCUUACUCGGGUUGGGACAAGGCUAUCUAUGUAUCUGCUGAGCUUUCACAGCCCGCUCGGCAGCUUCCUCUCGCCAUCAACACAUCCAUACCAACAGCUAUUAUCUGUUUCCUGGCUGCCAACGCCGGAUACUACAUCCUUCUUCCUUGGAAUGUCGUCAGCACCACGGACAGUGUUGCAGUAACAGCCAUAACACGUCUUUUGGGUCAAGGCUUUGGUAUUGUUACGGCUAUACUCAUCUGUCUAGUUGUUGCAGGUUCUCUUCUCGGUAACUCCUUCGUCGCAAGCCGAAUGUGCGUUGCCGCAGCAAGAAAGGACUGGAUCCCGAGUCUUUUCACCAUUGUUGGACGAGUUGGUUUGAAACCCGCUGAAGAAGAAACUGCUUCGGCUGAUGAACCAUCCAAGGAUACUGGAGAUGCGCCGAUAAACGCUGUUAUCCUUUCAGUUAUCCUUGCCAGCUUUUACAUCCUCUUUGGCAGUUUCAGAGCACUCCUGACUCUUAAUGGUCUUGGAGAAUACUCUUUCUUCUUCCUCACUGUUCUCGGGGCAAUCAUUCUCCGGUACCGCGAGCCUGAUUUGGAACGUCCUUACAAGACGUUUUCCAUUAACCCUAUUGUAUUUGUCAUUGUUAGCGGUUUCGUUGUUGUUAGAGGUGCUAUCUUUGCACCUGUGCAGGCAGUUGUGAUCAUGGCCAUCUGGGUCUUGGGUCUUGUUUUCUACAAGGCGCGUCAGUAUUGGGCUUCCAGGUAG